AUGAUCCCCGCAAGAAAAUCGGCGUUAACAGUUGUUUUCGGAAAGAUGAAAGUUGCUGACCAGCUCAAUCUUGUUAAAAACAUGAAUGUUGAUAGAGAAACAAAAGAUGCUCUUCGGCAAUGUUUUAUCGCAUCAAUGAACUAUCAAUCGGUAUGCUGAAACUAGACUGGCAAAACAUUUCAGUGGACAUUUUUAAAAAUGACAAACUCGAAGAAAACUCACAUUGAUACAUUCAACAAUUUGCACAGGCAUAAAUUCUGGACUUUUGAUUCAGAAAUUUCAUUUCAAAAUGCCUGUCGCAGAAAAAUUAAAUUCUCGCUUGAAUUCUUUUUGAAAUGGGUCACGCACGUAUUUCAAGGAAUUCUUUUUUCUUUUGGGCAUUUAGCGAAGAAAAAUAUAUGAAAACGUAAAAAUUAUUUUAAAAAUUGAAACGUGUACUCGUGGCAGAAAAAAACCCAGAAAUUUAUGCCUGCGAUUUUUAAAGUCAUUGCUAUAUAUUUAUUGUGUUUCAGACGAGUAAAGAAAAUCUGGAAAAAUCCAAAACACUUAUUCGAAAAACCAAUGGAAUCUGCGAAAUUUCCUCAAGAUCAGCUGCAUUUACAGCAGGAAGUGCAUUGAAAUUGGUAUUGUUUUGUUCUUUUACUUCUACCGUAUUCCGAAUAUUUCAGAAAAGAUGGAAAGAUUUUGAUGAAGUAUUGCCAUUUACAAUAUGCUGUCCUCCAGUUAUUCAAAAUUCAUUGAAAAUAAUGGGUUUGGCGCAACAAUUGAAAUUCGAUGAAGCUUUGAAUGAACUUGAAAAUGUGCUGAUGUUGGAAGAAAUUGUUUUUGGAACUGAGAAUUAUUGUGUGAGCGAUCAAGCGGUUAGUUAUUUUUCUUGGGUUUUACAUUUUUUGCUUGAAUCUAAGCUUUUUUUGGAUUUUUGGGAAAGUUUGUCAUUUUCGAUUUUUUAUUAUUACUUUUUAUUUUGGGGAGAACUGUUGAACUGAAAAGUUCUUUGCAAUUUCAUUAAAAAAUAUGCAAAAUAGGAAAAUUGUUAGCAUUUUGAAAACAAUUAAAUCUGAUCUUAUAAUAUACAUAAUUCAUAUUAUUAGAAAUCAAUGAAAAAGUGAUAAAAAUUCAAAAUGAUUACAGUUAGACAUACUUUGCGAUGAAAUUAAAAAAGCCGAAGAUUCCAUUGAAAAGGUAAUUCUGAUUUUGUUUUUGUCGAUUUUCCAAAGUUGUUCUGUUUCUCAGAUGAAACGUUUUCGAAAUCUUCAACGGAUUGUUACAAAAUACAAUAGAAGAACAACAAAAACAAUCGAUGAUUUGCUAUUUUCACCUCUUCGAAUUAAUUCGUCUUCUACAAUUUCACAAUCUUCUUCUUUACCUUCAGAAUUUUUGAACUCUCAAAAGUUCCAAGAUUUUGUAAAAGAUAUACCAUACCAGAAAUGA